GUCAAAAAUAUGGAUAUGAAUAAGGGACUAUCAUUUGUAGUAUUAUUGACACUGAUUUUGGCGUCAAAUGUGAGCGCCAAUUCUAGCCGUUGCAGACCAUAUAGGCCGGGGAGUCACUUACCACCAACUCAUCGUAUAUUUUGCCAACCUCCUCCUCCGCCUCCACGCCCACGGCAUCGACCACCACCACCACCACCUCGGCCUCCUCCACCAUCUCCGCCGCCAAGACCCCCACCCCCGUCCCCUCCACCUCCAUCUCCACCACCGCCACGACCACCUCCACCUCCACCUCCACCUCCACCAAGACCCCCACCCCCAUCCCCUCCACCGCCACCUCCACCAUCUCCUCCCCCACCAAGACCCCCACCCCCAUCCCCUCCACCUCCAUCUCCACCGCCACCGCCGCCACCUCCACCAUCCCCUCCCCCACCAAGACCCCCACCACCUCCUUCCCCUCCUCCUCCAUCUCCACCGCCACCGCCUCCUCCUCCUUCUCCUCCUCCUCCAUCCCCACCACCACCACCACCUCCUCCUCCACCGCCAUCUCCACCACCGCCUUCCCCUCCACCUCCAUCUCCACCACCACCAAGGCCCCCACCUCCGCCACCACCUCCCCCUCCACCUCCAUCCCCUCCUCCUCCAUCUCCACCGCCGCCACCACCACCUCCUCCUCCUCCUUCCCCUCCUCCUCCAUCUCCACCACCACCACCACCUCCUCCUCCACCACCAUCUCCACCACCACCUUCCCCUCCACCUCCACCACCGCCGCCUCCUCCCCCACCAUCCCCACCACCUCCAAGUCCACCACCACCGCCGCCUCCUCCCCCACCAUCCCCACCACCUCCAAGUCCACCACCACCGCCGCCACCCCCACCUCCUCCUCCCCCACCAUCUCCACCACCUCCAAGUCCACCACCGCCACCACCUCCUCCUCCUCCACCAUCCCCACCACCUCCAAGUCCACCACCACCGCCACCACCUCCAAGUCCACCACCACCGCCACCACCUCCUCCCCCCCCAUCCCCACCACCUCCAAGCCCUCCACCACCACCUCCACCACCAUCGCCACCACCUCCAAGUCCUCCACCACCACCCCCACCGCCUCCUCCACCAUCGCCACCACCUCCAAGUCCUCCACCUCCACCUCCACCGCCACCGCCUCCUCCACCAUCUCCACCUCCUCCAAGCCCUCCACCGCCACCGCCUCCACCUCCUCCACCAUCCCCACCACCUCCUAGUCCUCCACCGCCACCGCCUCCACCGCCUCCACCAUCCCCACCACCUCCAAGUCCUCCACCACCACCGCCACCUCCUCCUCCACCAUCUCCACCUCCUCCAAGUCCUCCACCCCCGCCUCCUCCACCAUCCCCACCCCCUCCUAGUCCCCCACCGCCACCGCCACCUCCUCCUCCACCAUCCCCACCACCUCCUAGUCCUCCACCGCCACCACCACCUCCUCCCCCGCCAACUCCACCACCCCCAAGUCCCUCUCCUCCACCUCCAAGCCCACCACCACCACCACCUCCUUCCCCUCCACCACCACCCCCACCAACAUACCCAAUUUAUCCUCCUCCGCCACCACCAAAAUACCCAAUUCAUCCUCCUCCGCCACCACCAAAAUAUCCAAUUCAUCCUCCUCCGCCUCCACCACUAACACACCCUCCGCCGCCACCACCUCCUCACCCAAAACGCCGCCCACCUCCACCUCCACCUCCUCGUCGAAAACACCGUCCACCACCUCCUCCCCCAAGGCGCCGUCGACCUCCUCCCCCGCCUCCCCGCAGACGCCCCCGCCUACUUUAACUAAUUACAAUUAAUUAAUUAAUGCAUAAUCCAAACCACCCUUCAAUCCUCCCUUUCAUCCAUUACACCCACAGUAUUAUUAUUAUUACUACAAUACCAAUAAUUAAUUAUAUAUAUAUAUAUAUAUAUUCACCAAUUAUAAAGACACCACACCCAUUCUACAUGCAUAGCUCCCCUCCCACCCCAUCAUCACUACUAUAUUAUACUUGCUAAUUAAUUAAUCAAAUGUCCCAAUAAUAAUAAUAAUAAUAAUAAUAAUAAUUCAACUAUGGAUCUCUCUCUCUAUCUCAUUGCAGAUCAACAUGCAUGCAUGCAUGCAACUUCCCAACAUAUACAUAUAUAUGUCUGUAACAGUAAAUGAAUUUUAGGGUAAGAGAUCGAUGAUCAAUGAUAUACAUAUAUAUGCAUCAUGUAUGAUUACUUGAAUAAAUAAAACUAAAUGUCUGUGUGCCA